AUGACACCGUCGAAUCAUUUCCCCAAGUCAGUACUAAUUACCGGCUGCUCUGCUGGCGGCCUCGGUGCAGCCCUCGCGUUGGCCUUCCAGAAACAUGGGUAUAUUGUAUUUGCAACAGCUCGAUCUCCCGGAAAGAUCCCUGCUACUCUGACGGAUCUUCCAAACGUCCACGCCCUUUCGCUGGACGUAACAUCUGACGAAUCUGUCUAUGCUGCUGCCAAAUCUGUUAAGGCAGCACUUAGAGGCAAGGGGCUCAAUGUGUUGUUCAAUAAUAGCGGCAUAGGCUACAGUUCAAGUCUACUGGAUUUAGACCUAGAGCGAGCUAAGCAACUCUACGAGGUCAAUUUGUGGGGAGUCAUUCGCACGACACAGGCAUUCGCAGAUCUUGUAAUCGAGGCAAAAGGGGCUAUUGUCAACCAGGGUUCGAUUUCCGGGGAGAGCUAUGAGCCGUUCAAUUCAAUCUACGGCAGCUCCAAGACGGCAUUAUCUAUUGCAGGAGAGGCAUGGAGACUUGAGCUGCAGCCACUAGGCGUGCGAGUUAUAACUGUCCAAACGGGUGUUGUUGAAUCGGAAUUUUUUGCAGAUUUGCAGGGCUUCAGUCUUCCCGAGACCUCGUACUAUCGCCCCAUAGAAGACCAGUUGCGGCGGAGAGCUGAAGGACAGGCUGGAUAUAAGGCGAUGAGGGCAGACCUAUACGCCGAGCAAGUAGCAAGGGAUGUGGCUAGUGGGAAGAAUGGGAAGAUUUGGCGGGGAACCAUGGCAACUCCUGUCAAAUAUAUAAUGUGGUGGCUUCCGACAUGGCUAGCUGCCUUAGCCCAGGGCUUGUAG